CCUUUUUAAUAUUUAAAAUAUCACUUUUAUUGUAAAUAUAUUCAAAUAAGUCAUUUUUUCUUUAUUAAUGUCAUAACAUGCUUUGAGAAUUCAGCACUUUAAAUAAGUGAGUUUGCAUUAAAUGUGCUGGAUUGUAGAUGAAGCUGCUUCAGAUAAUUCAAGUUGACAUGGCAGCUGUUUGUAGCAGAUACAACAAAACGUUAGGAAAUAAAACAUUUCAAGAGACUAAUAAUCCUGAAGCAGAUCUUAGCCACAUUUAUUAAUGUUACUUCAGGAGAUGCAACACCCUGUAUCUGAAGCUGUGCUGGCAAUGUUGGAGUUGUUCUUGUUCCAGUCUUAUCCACUGAAAUAUUUGAGAGUUUUGUUUAUUUUAUGUAUUUAUUUGUUUAUGUUUUUAAUUCUGCAAACGAUAGAGACAGUCUGUCGACAUCAUCGAAUCAGGAUGUUUGUUCUUAUCUGGGGGAUUCUGCUCUCAUCAGGUGCAUCAGUUUGGGGAAAACAACACUGUCAAUAUAGAAACUUCUGUAUCACUCUUAGUGAUGCAGAUAUAACAGCAGAGUUUGGACUCUGUGUCGUGAUACCGUGUUCCUUUACUACUGAUGAUGACUUCACACCCCAACAUAUGAUUUGGUACAAAUGUGAUAACUCUGAAACCAAUUGUGGCGAUUCUGACAUUAUAUUCCACAGCAACAAGUUAAACACCAAGGUUCAGUCUUUGUUCAAAGGACGGGUUUCAUUGUUGGAGCCUGAUGUGAGUCAGAGGAACUGCAGCAUCAUCAUCAACGACCUCACCGUGUCAGACUCUGGAGCAUAUAGACUCAGAGUUGAACAGGCUGAUACCCAUGGAUUCAAAUUCUCUAGAAAAACAACUGUGACUGUUAAAGGUCUGACCCAGAAGCCCUCAGUGAUGAUUCCUCCUCUGACAGAGGGGCAGCCGACCACACUGACCUGCACUACUCCUGGUCUCUGUUCUGGAUCUGAUCCUAAAUUCACCUGGACAUGGAGAGGAGCAGGAGAGAAGGACUCUCAGAUCACAGGAAACAUCACUGCAUUCAAGACUGAGAAUCUGACUGCUGUCACACAGAGACACAGCACCACUCUGACCUUUAACCCUUCAGCUGAACACCACAACAGCAAUGUUACCUGUAAGGUCAGCUUCACAAACAACAUCAAUGCAGAGGAGACUGUGACUCUUAAUGUCAACUUUGUGAAGAAACCUGUGAUCACUGGAAUAACAACUGUGAAAUAUGGUGAUGAUUUGAAUCUGACCUGCAGUGUUGAAAGUUUCCCUCCAUCUGUUAUCACAUGGACUAAACAUGAUUCCUUCAAAAACGUGUCAAAAGAAACCAAAAUCAUCCUGCAUAACGACACUGGAACAGCCACUCUUACCAUCCGUAAUGUAAUCGAAUAUUCUAGACUUUACGUCUUUACAGCAAAACACCAGAUCCCUACUCUGAGUACACAUGCUGAAGUUAAUGUGACAUAUUUGAAGAAACCUGUGAUCACUGGAAUGACAACUGUGAAAGAGGGGGAUGAUUUGAAUCUGACCUGCAGUGUUGAACGUUUCCCUCCAUCUGUUAUUACAUGGACUAAACAUGGAUCCAACGGAAACCUGCCAAAAGAAACCAAAAUCAUCCUGCAUAACGACACUGGAACAGCCACUCUUAUCAUCCCUAAUGUGACAGCAGAAUAUUCUGGACUGUACGUCUGUACGGCAAAACUCCAGAUCCCUCCUCUGAGUACACAGGCUGAAGUAAAUGUGACAUUUCUUCCAAGGAUCUUAAGUACCUCUGGAUGUGUGGUUCAGUUGGAGGUUCUGACGUGUGUGUGUAUCAGCGAGGGGUUUCCUUUACCCACCAUCAAAUGGCCGCUGUUAGACGCUCACACUGAAUACUCUGUCAAUACCAAUUUCUCAAACCAUGCAGUUCACAUCAGCAUUACUGUAUCUGUAAAAGAUCUCAACUACACCACUGUCGAGUGCAUCAGCAGCAAUGACAUUGGGGAAGUAAAAGAAAACCUCAAUGUUAGAGAAUUUUUUUUAAAACUGGAUGCAGAUCAUCAUGGACCAUGUGAAGUGCUACUCUGGGUUGGCGUUGCUGCUGUAUCUCUUAUUGUAAAUGUCAUCUGCAUAAUCCUCAUGAUGUUCCUCUGGCACACAAGAAAAAAGGUGAAACCAAACCAAGAGGACAGAACUUACAUGUCAAUCAAGAAAACAGAGGUGUCAUCAGAUUAUGAUGUUAUCGCCCAGCCUCUGAACUAACAACAACAAACGUCAACUGAGUGCAGUAGGAGAUGAUUCUGCAAAACUCUGACAGAUUGUCUAACUCAUGGAUUAUGACAUUUCUCAGUUAACUGCAACUUAUUUUAUUAUUAUUUUGUAUACCUUACAUUUCAUGAAGCUUUACUUACCCAGGGGAAGAUCGUGAAGCGUGCAUAUUCAGUGUAAUCACAGUCUAUUGUAGCUUGUGCUUCGCAGAUUGAUUAACCUCUGGAGAUCUGAAAAUGUUAAAACUUAUAUAAUGUUUUUUUUAUUAAAAUGUUCAUUUUUAAUUGCAUUUGUAUCGUUAUCAAUCUGUAAUAUUUUCUGUCAGGUAUGCGUAAAAAGGAAGAAAUUAUCAUGAAAAUCGCAGCCAUUUCAUUAUAUAGAUUUAUAAACAUUCAUCAUGGAAGAACUACAAAUAUUUGUCCCAAAGAAUAUAACCUGAAGUCAGACUGAACAUUUGUUACCACUCCAUUAUCAUCAAAAAUAAGUUAACAGAUUUUGGUUGAAGGUUUCCCUUUGUAGCGUGAAAAUUACUUAUUCCCUUCACACUUCUUAUGAGAGGAUGUCAUUUGUCUUUAGGAAUGACUUUCAGAUAGCUUUACUGAAAUACACUUUGGAACAAAACUUGUUGAAGCUCCUUCAUUAUUUUUGUAUGAAUGUCUGAAUGCAUUAGAUAAAAGCAGACAUCAAUAAUAGCUACACAAUAAAACAUAUACUACUUAAAAUUCACAGCCCCAAAUAAAUACAUAGCCUACAUGGAAGCUAAAUAUGUAUUUUGUUGUGUUUAAAUGUGAGAACAUGUGAAGUAAAAUGUGUGUUUUUUAAAUGUGUUAUCAUCAGUUCAAGAUGAGUCUUUCUAUGUUAUUUCCUUGUGUUUUACUUGAUGCUGAUUGGUUGAGAUCUCUGGGCCACCAUAUUAUGGAGCCAAUAACGUCAAGUCUUCUGAGGGCAGUUUCAUUUGUUGAUUAGUGACUUCAUGUGCAGGUGUGGAUAAUCACUGACACUCUGGCCCAAUUCCAAACUUCCCCCUACCCACUUCUACUCGGUGACAGAGUGAACUCCGUCUGAAGUCACACUCACAGCUGAAUGAGGCUCCCUUUUUUCAGGUUGGGGGUGUAAAUACAGCGGGAAGCUUUGGGACGAACUCCCCUCUUUCCGGCAGAAACAGGAAAUGCUGUCACUUUUUGUAACAUUGGUUUCAUAUCAGCAUCUAUUAGACAAACAUGUAUAAAACAAUAACCAAAAUAAAACUCCAAAAAUCUUUAA